GUGGUGGUGGUGGUGGCGGCGGCAACAACAACAGUGGCCGCCGCCCCUCCAGCCGGCCAUCUUGGAGCCAAACCCCGCCGCUGCCCAAGGACGAUGAGCGCCCCGGACGGACAGUGGGGCACUUGACCUUCGCCCUGUCCAGCCGCUGAACCCAGCGCCCCGCCGCCCUUUAGGAUGAGCCCCGGAAGCCCGGCGCUCCCGGCGUUGCAGCUGCUGCUGCUCUUCCCGCUGGUGCCACCCACUCUGGGCAUGGAGCUGAUAGCCCCAGCCACCGUCUACGCCCUGAACGGCACCUCCACCCUCCUCAGCUGCACUUUCAACUCCUGCUACCAGGUGGACAAAAAGCAGUUUUCCCUGAACUGGACCUACCAGACCUGCCAGAACUGCACCGAAGAGACGUUCUUGCAGUUCAAGCUGAAGGUCGUUCCUGUGGAACUGAGCCGUUUUGAGGACCGCGUGGAGUUUACGGGGAACCCCACCAAGAAUGACGUGUCUUUCACCCUCCACCGUGUGAAGCUCCAGGAUGAGGGGCUGUACAACUGCUAUGUGAUGAACCCCCCUGACCGACAAAAGGGCCAUGGCAAGAUCAACCUCAAAGUUCUUACAGAAGAGCUCCCUGAGCGGGACUCCACCGUGGCAGUGAUUGUGGGAGCCACGGUGGGAGGCUUCCUGGCCGUGGUGAUCCUCGCCCUGGUCAUCAUCAAGUGUGUGCGGCGCAAGAAGCAGCAGAGGCUCAACACAGAUGACCAGAAGACUGAAGAAGAGGGCAAGACAGACGGGGAAGGGAACCCCGAGGAAGGCAUGAAGUAGGGGCCUUCUGCCAGGCUGGCCUCCCUGCGCUUUGCUGUCCCAGCCACUCCCCCAUGUACUUUCUCUAGAGCAGGGAGCUGCACCCACCAUCCCAGACAGACUGGGGGCACUUUCUCUCCCCAUCCUCACCAAUGGCUCGUGGGCCAAGGCAAGGCUUUCUAGCAGCAAUGUAUUUUUAUUGGGGGUGAGGUGGGAAGGGGGAGCCUGCUGAAACUGAAAAGCUGGCUGGGGUGAGUCUAUGUUCCUGCCCCAGACAGGUGUUCCUCAGUUUGGAUGGAGGAAGCCCUGCUUUUCUGCCCCUGGCAAGAAGGCCCUACAUCAUCCCUCCAUGCUGCUGGUUCUCCUGUCUUCCUUGCAAGUCUUGGGGAGGUUAAAGUUUGCUUCCUUUGCUUGUGGGGCACAGGGUGCCAUCUGGAAGGGGCCUGAGAGGAGGCAGCUAGCUUAGGAACUGAUGGUACUGAGGACACAAGGCUGAGGCUGGCAACUCUGUGGGAGGGGGAGGAACAGAGCUCCCCAUGGCCAGGCAGGGAUUUCCUCUUCAAAGCAGAAACUGCCAUGUCUCACCUUCCUCCUGUGAACGCCAAGCACAACCCACCACUGCCAGGAGAACUCACUGCCAGGGGUCAGCAGCAGUAUCCCUUGCAGGUCCAGCACUCACCGCCGCCACCCCCCCCCCCGGCCUUGCAAACCCACCGCUGGAAUGUUUGGAGCGAGUGCUGUUGACCUUGCACCCAUUUCAUGAAACCCUGCUGGUUUCAUGCCCGGCAUAGGAGGUGUAUGCACGUGCACAUGCAUGUUUUGAGGGGAGCAGGAGAAGGAAGGAAGGUGCUUGUCUGUUUACUCAUGUGCCACAUCCCCAGCAAUCCCUGAAGGGUUUGGGGCCUAGUGGAAGAGUUUCUGCCCAGACCCCCUGUGGCCAGUGGGCCUUCGCUUCCACUGGCCACACAUCUCACCUGCUAGCUGGAAGAAGUGGCUGAGUUGGGGCCGCUCACUCACCAAGGCCUGCAAGUACAGGGCUUGCUCAGGCUUCCUCCUCUGCCCCCAGCAGGCCUUCUAGGGCUUUGCAGGAGCCCCCACUGCCACCAUACCCAGGAGCCCCCAGGCCGGGCUAGGGAUUCACAAGAGCAAGUGACCUCUGGGGUUGGCUUGUGCCUCUGCUGCUCUGCCUUUGGCUCCUGCUUCUUCUCCCUGAAACUGCACUUUGCUGUCUGCUGACUGCACCCUCCCCGCCCCUGCCCACCCACCCGCCUCCUGUCUUGUUCCCAACACCUGCCCUGGCUGGGCCGGGUUAUGCAACAUUCCUGUUCUUAUUCUGCAAGAUCUGCAGUUCAGAUUCAUCAAGCCUCAGCCUGGAAAGUUUUUAUUGCUCUUUAUGUAGCUACAGAAAACAAUUUAGCUGGCCUCCAUUUGCACGGACUGUCACUGAGUACUGUGCUAUGUUGGACUUAACUGUUUCUGGUCCUGGGUCUGCUCAGGAAGUUGAAGAGUCAUGUGGAAUAAAGCAGAGCUUGCCUCUCCAAA